AUGGCAGAAGCCAUAAUCGUAUUCGCUGGAGACAACUUGUGGUCCCAAGGGCUAGAAAGGCCCAAGAAGAAUUGGGUACAUGGAGUAUUACUGGGGAUCAGUAUUGUGGCUCUCACUGCAGGCAUAGCUUGUGAAAUUUGGAAUAAAAACGACAGAGGAUUUCAGCAUUUUGUGAGCGACCACGCUAUAACAGGUUUAGUGUCGUGGCUCUUGGCUUUUGUGUCCAUCAUCCUAGGUCUCUUCUCCUGGCAUGCUCAAGGCCUGAAGAACAUCGCGCGUCCACUCAUCUUCAAGUUCAUCCACAACUUCAUCGGCAUCGCCUGCUACGCCAUCGGCAUCGCCAGUUUGUGCCUGGGAUUCUACAUAGGAGCAGCCUUCCGUCGUUUGGUCACGGAUGACCAGCUGAAGUCACUAUUAGCUCUGGUUGCUUAG